AUGAUUGUUGCUGUCAAGGUUUUUGAUUUGAAUAAUUUCAAUAUUUCAGAGGAAGAUUUUAGAAAUGAAGCCAUUUUACUAAGUAGAAUCAGACACCCAAAUAUUAUAACUUUCUAUGGAAGCUUGGAAAAGUUUAUUUCUAAAUUGGAAACUAAACUAAUCAAUCUUUCAUUAGACCAAAAAUUGAAAAUGUUAUUGAAUAUUGCUAAUGGAAUUGAAUAUCUACAUACAAUGCAACCUAGAAAGAUUAUUCACCGUGACUUGAAACCUCAAAAUAUCCUUCUAGAUUCGAAUGGAAAUUGUAAAGUUUGCGAUUUUGGAUUAAGCAAAUCCAUUUCACAAGGAACUAUCUCAACAAUCACUAAUCAAUUAGGUACUUUUUAUUAUAUGAGCCCAGAAAUGUUUGAUAUUGAAGCUGUCGAUCCUACUUACGCUACUGCAAUUGACAUUUACAGUUUCAGUAUUAUUGGAUGGCAAUUAUUAUUCGAAAGCAAAGAUCCUUACGUUUACAAUAGUCAAGAAGUAGCUAGAAAGUUGAGCUCCAAACUACUCGAACAUGUAACCUCCUACCAAUUGACCAAGUUAAUUUGUGAAAACAAUCACAGACCUGCCAUUCCAUUCAAUUCUCUCAAAUCAUGUCGUGAAUGGUGUUUGGAAUUUUUACCCACAACUGAACAAGAAAAUUAUUCAAUAGUAUUCAAGUUAUGCCAACUCAUCAAACAAUGUUGGCAAGGAAAUCCAAAACUUCGACCAAGCAUUGAACAAAUUGUUGAACAAUUACAAACCUUAGAACAAGAAUUUAACAAGAUUUAA